AAACUUUUGGAGAGAGAAAAUGGAACAUAACAGAGUAUUAAUACUAAUCAUUAAUAAAUUAAAUUAUUAAAAAUUAAAAAUAUAAAAUAAAAUUAAAAAAAAAAAGGAAAUAAACGCGGCUGCUGUAUACACCGAAAACGAGAGAGAAAGAGAGAAGAAAGCCUUGCUAAAAUUGAUUCCACCUAUUCAAUCAUCAAACUCCUCACCAAAAAGGUUUCUCAGGGUAGAGCUUCGACUUUGGAUUCGGAUUCUGGACGGAUUGGGGGCUUGACCGAGGGUUUCUUUGGAUGAUUUCGGUUGGGAGCAGGGAUGCGACGAAGGGGCUAGGGUUAGGGUUUGGUGUUGGUAGUCUUCGGGAAGAUAUGGAGGACACUGAGCUGGAAGAAGGAGAGGCUUGCUCCUAUCAGAACAGCGACGAUGCGAACAUCGAUCCAGAUGUUGCUUAUUCUUAUUUGGAUGAAAAACUCCAAGAUGUUUUGGGGCAUUUUAAAAAAGACUUUGAAGAUGGAAUGUGCUCUGCAGAAGAUCUGGGGUCAAAAUAUGGUGGGUACGGUUCUUUUUUACCAAUGUAUCAGCGAUCUCCUGCUUUAUCUCACAGAACUCCACCAAAAGUUCAUAGCUAUAGCACUUCAAGAUCUCCAAACAAUUUCCAUGUGGAGGGUGGGCAUUGCAACUCUGUAGUUUCUCAGUCUGGUGGACUUGGGCCGACUUCUACCAGUUCCACUUCUUUCCAUGUGUUUAAGGCAUCAUCAAUAACUGAGUCAGGAAAGCAACAUGUAGGCAUGCCAGCAACCCGUGCAGAAGAAAUAGCACCUAGAUUAGAUUCUAAAAACAAGAAACCGACAAGUGCAUCAGACCAGAAAACUCUGAAGGUCAGAAUAAAAGUGGGUUCUGAUAAUCUGUCCACACGAAAAAAUGCAGCAAUCUACAGUGGGCUUGGGCUUGAUGAUUCGCCAUCUUCCUCAUUGGAUGACAGCCCCUCUGAAAGUGAGGGAAUAUCUCAUGAGCGGCCAGAUGCUUCCUUUGAUUCUCCAACUAGCAUAUUGCAGAUCAUGACAUCCUUUCCAGUUAACGGAGGUUUACUUUUGUCACCACUUCGUGAUGAUCUGACUGGCUUGAUAGAAAAGGAAAAACUUUCUAAACACAGUAGGUUUGUACCUCAUCCAAAGGGUGUUGUGGAAGGCUCUGGCUUAAUAACUGGAUCAGACAGCUUGAAGAGUGGUGGGAAGUUGUUUGGGGAAAAGAAAGUAAAAUCAGUGGACAUGAAUGAUUAUUCAGCAGAAUCAAAAAGUGUAAAUGAUAAAGUUCCUCGAAUUCGAGAUAUGCCAAGGAAAGAACCAGAUCCCGAUGCAUUAAAUUAUGAGGAGCUUGUUUCUAAUACUUUAAAGCUUCCAAUUCUGUCCCAUUCAUAUUCUACUUCUGGUGACAUGAAAAAGUGUAAAGAAAUCAACAAGAGUAAUCCAAAGGAAAAAGUAUUAUCUGAUCACGCAGGAGAACAAAUUGAGUUAACGUCCUCACGAGGCGAUGGGCAGGUUGAAAAGCUAAAGCCUAGUUCAGCUGGGAAGGGCUUGGUAGAUGGAAAGGAGAGUUUUGUUAAUGAAAUUUCAGCUGAUCUACAUAAAGGAGGACAAGUGAAAGAAGAUAAAUGUCAUGAAUUAAUCAAAGCUGAUUCAAAUGUCACCAAAACCAGAAAAACAUCAAAUGUAGAAGCUAUUGAUUCUUCCAAGCAGAAAUCUAAAAAGGCCCCAUCCAAAGAACAAGAUAAUACGAAGUUACUUCAUGGAACGGAGAAUUCAGUUCUUGCUGAGAAAAAGAAAUUGAAGGGCAGUCAUGGCUCCUCAUCUGCACAGGCUCCAAAAGAAAGCUUGAAGGCUGGUUCUUCGAUGCCUAAAACUAAAAAAGGUACUAACAUGGCUACUUCAGUGUCUAAUAGUGAUGGGGAAAAUGUGAAAUCACGUAAGGAUAUUGGGAAAGCCAUGGAUACAUACAAAGACUUGUUUGGAGAUUUAGAUGAGGAAGAUAAUUCAUUACCUGCAAAUCCUUAUGAAGACAAGCUGAGGGAAUCUGUUGGGUUUGCAAAGAGCACUCCUGCAAUCGAUGGAUUAUUAAAGGAGAGAGUAAGUGGUAAGAAAACUGAGAAGCCAUCAACGUCGGAGGCAUUUCUUCUAACUGCUUCAAGUCCAAAAUCUGGGAAUGGAUUCUCUACUGAUGUGACGCUUCCCACGGGGCCUGCUGAGGUGAUAAAAGAAAAUUGGGUUGCUUGUGACAAGUGUCAAAAAUGGCGGCUUCUUCCUUUGGGUACGAAUCCAGAGGACCUACCUGAGAAGUGGUUAUGUAGCAUGCUUAACUGGCUGCCUGGAAUGAAUCGAUGCAGUGUUACUGAGGAGGAAACAAACAAACCUCUUAUUGCACAGUUCCAGCAGCCUCCUGCUCUUCAGAGUCAAGCCAAUCUUAACAGUAAUUCUGGUGUCACAGAAGCCACACUGGCUAAUUUUAGGCACCCUGAUCAAAAUCCACGUGAUAUCAAUGGAAAGAAGAAACAUAGUUUAAAGUUAAUGUCCAGUUCAGCUAAUAAAGAUAGCCCCACUCAGCUGCCAAACUCUAUGAAGAAAAGUAUGCAGCUGUCCCUGAAAAGUAGAAGUUUAAAUGAUGUACACAAUUCUCCUCUAGCCAGUGAUCCUGAUUUUCCACUGCUAAGCAAGGCUAACGACUUGAUACCAGGUGAUAAAAAACGUAAGUACAAAGUAAAGAACACAGUCUGCGAGCCCCAUGCUUUUGGAGGCGAUCCAAAAAAUUUAAAGCUUAAAAGCAGAAGAGAAUCUGAUCAAGAUUCUUCUAGAGCUUCCAAGAAAAUGAAGACUCAGGCUAGGAAUGGUGUUGAUGAAGGUUGGGCAUCAGACCAUAGUGGGGCGAUUGGGAAGGUUGGUCCUAGCUCAAGUGGUGGUUUCCCAACUUCUUCAGCAGGGAGGGAUCGAAAUAACCGCUCUUCCUCUAGAGAUUCAAAAUUUGAUGUGAAAGAUCGGCCACAAGUUCCCAUAGUGAAAUCAAAUGGUAAAGUUGAAGUUGCCCCGGAGGAUGGCUCUCUAGAAAGAGGGAGGACUGAAAGUAGAGAGAAUAUGAAGAAAAGGAAGAGUAAGGAAUUUCCAAAUGGAUCCUGCCCAAGUACAGGACGUCUUCCUGAUAGCACGCCUUUUGUGAAGGAUUUUAGUGAUAAUGACUAUAGGAAGGAAAAGAAGCCAAGAAUAUCUAUAUCUGAUGGAAAAGAGUCCAGUGCAAGCAAAGGCAAGGAUAGAACAGACAAGAAACGUAGCCAUUCAAAGAAUCACCUGCAUUCACGGGAUCUUGGCAUCACUCAGCCAAAUUUGGAUAAUAUGGAUUUAUUAAAAAGGGAUUUAGGACCUAUACAGCCUUCUUUAGCUGCCACUUCUAGUUCUUCCAAGGUUUCUGGUUCCCAUAAAUCCAAAUCCAGUUUUCAGGAAGUGAAAGGCUCACCUGUAGAAUCAGUAUCAUCUUCACCUAUGAGAAUUUCAAAUCCAGAUAAGAUUUCAUCCAUCACUAGGGAUGUCUUAGUUAAAGAAGAGUUUCCACAUGCUGGUAAUUAUGCCUUACGCAGUCCAAAAAGAAGCUCUAAUGGUGAAGAUUGUGGUGGGCGUGAUCACACUCGUGUAGGAAGAAAGGAUAAUGCAUCCAAUGGGGCUAAUCACAGGUCUCAAGAGUCUUCUUUGCAUGGUUCACAGGAAAGGGAUUUUAAUCAUAUGUCAGGGACAAAGAAUAUGAUACAGGUUGUGUCUGGUGUUACAAACCACAUUUCUGCAAAUGGUCCUUUGGAUAAUUUAGGCCAAGAUGCUGAAUAUCCUAAUAAGCCGCUGGGUUUGUGUAACUUUUCUUAUGAAGAGAAACAGAAUGAAAGCCAUUAUGAUGCGAAUGGGUCCCACUCAAGGAAGUCUGCCAAGGGGUCUUCUUCAAGGUCAGAGAAGAAUCGGAGUCUUAAAUCUGAGUUUGAUACAGUCAAGGUAAAAAGUUCUGAUGCUGUUGGUGAGCUGCAUGGUCGCUCGGCAUCUGGGGACAUAAAAUCUAGGGAUGGUAAAAACAAAUUGCAGGAGAAGUAUGGGGUCAAGUCUGAUAAAGUUGAUGAGAAGAUUUUGAACAACAAAAGAAAUGUAACAGGAAAACCAUCAACUGAGAGCUGUAAGAGGGAGACUGAGCUAAAUGUUGGAGGGUGUGACAAUGUAGAUUUAAAAGUAGAUGCAAUUUGUCGAAAAGAUGCUGUGUCAACCCCACAUCAGAAUGUGUUGCUGGACAGCAAGGAUGAUAGAUCUUCGAAGAGGUUGGUUUCUGAUAAAACUGAUAAAGUGGAAACAGUUUCCAGUGGAGAGAGGUCAAUAAUCCUACCACCCUCUGGAGGACCUCAAGGUGAUAUACUGAAUUCUUUCCCCCAGCCAGGUACUGGGUUGCACAAAGGAAAUGGUGUGGACACAUCACAUGCUGACACCUCUGAAGGUAGCAAUGUACUGAAAGUGCAAAAACAGAUGAGAAAGGCAGAUAAAUCCCAGCAGUCCAGUUCAAGAAAUCCAUCAAAGAAUGGACACAGGGUCAGAGAUCUUGAUGUGCCAUCCAGCAAUGCCGCCGCUAGCAAUGCUUUGAAAGAAGCAAUAAAUCUAAAACACAUGGCCGAUCGUUUCAAGAGUGCUGGCUCUACCCAUGAGAGGACAGGACUUUACUUUGAAGCAGCCCUUAAGUUUCUUUACGGGGCAUCUCUGUUGGAGUCUGGCUGCAGCGAGAGUACAAGCCACAGUGAGAUGCUUCGGUCACUAAAAACUUAUAGUGAUACUGCUAAGAUGUGCGAGUUUAUUGCUCUUGAGUACGAGAAAUCGAAAGACAUGGCCUCUGCUGCUCUCGCAUACAAAUGCUCAGAGGUGGCAUACAUGAGGGUAGUUUAUUCUUUGCAUCCCAGUGCAGGUAGAGAUCGACAUGAGUUGCAGGCAGCUCUCCAAGUGCCUCCUCUGGGUGAAUCACCAUCUUCUUCUGCUUCUGAUGUUGACAACUUAAACAACCACGCAACUGUUGAUAAAGUUUCCUUGCUUAAGGGUGCUAGCUCCCCACUAGUUGCUGCUAACCAUGUUGUUAUUGCUGCUCGAAAUCGUUCCAGUUUUGAUAAAGUCCUUCAUUUUGCACAGGAUACAAUUGCUGCUAUGGAUGCCUCAAAAAAGUCACAGGUAGCUUUUACAGCUGCAAGCUUGGCAGAGGCCAAAUCUGAGGAGGUUAUCUCUUCCAUUAAGAGGGCUCUUGAUUUUAAUUUCCAAGACGUCGAUGGAUUGCUACGGUUGGUACGGCUUGCAAUGGAGGCCAUUAGCCGUUAAAGACUCAAAAGUGGUUGUGGACUUUUUAACUCCGGGAUUCAAGAUAAACAGGUGGAGCAAGUAGCAAGAGGCUGACCUGAUCUAUGCAAUGACAGCUCUCUCUGUCCAUGUUUAUAAUUUUUUUUUUAUUUGCUGAAGAUCAGCUUAUUGGCAUGCACUGCAGUGCCCUGAGGUUGUUUGUGGUAUAUUGAUUCAAGGCUUCUGCAUAAAAGAUUCUGAGAUCAUCCCGAUUGGCUGAUCUGUUUCAUCCAGAAGGAGCUAAAGAUUUUCAAGAAAAUAAAUAAUAAUUAUGAAAAAAAAAAAAGUGGAGAAUUUUAUUAUAGGUGUUUUUUUUUUUUUGAUCCAUACUGGUGGCGACAACCCAAGGAUUGGGAGCUGCCUGAUGCAUAAACCAUCUAGCUUUACUUACUGCGAAGAGAAUUUCAAAAACUGCCCUACUAACAUCACUUGAAGAAGGUUAUUGAGUUUCUGUUAUUGCAGUAGCGAGAUUUGUUACUCUAUUUUUAUAGAUACAGUUAGUAAAUAAAUCCACAUGAUAUAGCGGGGAAAUAAUGUCCGAGUGUGUAGCUCCCAUCACAGGUGCCUGCUUUACAUAUUAAGAUUAAGUUGUAUCAUGUACAUACAGAAUAUAUUGAAUCAGAUUAGUCUAAGUUCAGCAUAAGCUUCUCUUCAAGGGGACCAAGAGAACUUCACCAAUGUCUAUAAGAAAAAAAAAUCUGAAAAACUGUUUCUGACCCCAUUCUUAUUAUUUAUUUUUUUAAUCCCACUUUCUGCGCACAAAAACGCCUUCUGAACAGACCCCCCCUAUCUCUCUCUCUCUUAUCCCUACCCUUGUUUCACCUUGACUGCCAUUCCUUGAAAGAGUUGGAAUGGCCAUUUAGCAAUGGAUCUUGGCAGAGGGCUGACUGAUAACAGAAAUGAGAGGGUAGAGGGCACUGCAUGUUGAAAGAAAGAGCUUUUGUCACUGGAAUAUUCUCUCUAGUUCUGAGUCUCUGACCUCACUUUUCACUUUUUGAUGUCAAGAAGAGCUGGUGAUAAGCCUAUUUGAUGCAGAGGUAGACACUUUUGAGACAGGCUGAGAAUCAGUAUAAGAGUUGUUUCAGAGGAUAAUGAAGAUUGAAGAAGUGCUUUAAUGGGAUGAGGAACAUGUAUCAAAUUAAUGCUUCAACUUGUUUAAAAAAGAAAAAUUAAUAACAUUAAAUGAAUAAAGCAAUUAGAAAUGUACUAUACCCUUUUGUUUAGUUAGUUUUUAUUUCAUCAAAUGACUAGUAGUCAUCUUUUAGUGACUUGCAGUCAAUUUUUUGUGUAAUGUGUCAAAUAUUUUCACACAAAAGUUAUUGAAAAUAGUAAAGCUCACGAGCUCAUGCUGUCUAAAAGACCA